CAAAAACGCCGAAACGCUUCUUUCCUUUCCUUCCUCCCCUGUUCUCUGCCUCUUUUUCCUAUCCCUAACCAUUGUUUAUUGUGCCCGCUAUUUCAAGGGACUCUAGAGCUAUUGAAGGCUAUUCAAUAGUUCUCUGUGUUUGUGUUUGUCAGUGACGACGAUAGUUCAUAGGGUUGUGCAACCCCGCGUUCUCUGUCACUUUUCUUUUUUCCCCCAUCACAACGACGCUUUGCGUCGAUAGAUAAUCAUCAGCCAUGGAUCAGCAACGAUUCCUGCAGCAGCUGCAGAUUAUUCUGAACCCUGCCAAUGGCAACGUAAAAGACGCCACCGGUGUCCUGCAGAAAGAGUUCUAUAACAAGCCCGAGUCCUUUAUUUUCCUCAUCCAGAUUGCCACCGGCCAUGAGAAUGACGACCUGCGCCAGCUGGCCGCCGUUGAGGCUCGCAGCCUUGUUGGCAAGUUCUGGCUCAAGUUCCCGGCCGACCAGAAGCCCCAGAUCCGUGAACAAUUGCUGCGCGGUACUAUGAGUAGCAGCUCCGAGUUGGUACGCCACGCCAUCUCUCGCGUGGUCUCUUCCGUCGCCAAAAUUGAUCUGCCCGACGGAGAGUGGGCGGAAUUGCCAAACUUUUUGGUCCAGGCUGCCCAAAGUAGCAACAAAGAUGAGCGUGCAAUUGCAGUGUACAUUUUCUUCACCAUCCUCGAGUCACUCGGAGAAGGUUUCGAAGAGAAGUUCAAGGAUCUGUUCACCCUUUUCAGCAAAACUAUCCGUGACCCGGAGAGCGCCGAGGUGCGGAUCAACACUUUGUUGGCUCUCAGCAAGCUCGCCACACAUCUCGAUUCUGACGAGGAUGAAGCUCCUGUCAAGGCUUUCCAACAGGUCUUCCCUGACAUGGUUCGUGUUCUCAAGGAUGCGAUCGACACAACAGACGAAGACCGCAUCAUGCAGGCUUUCGAGGUCUUCCAGACUUUGCUCGGCUGUGAUCCUGCCUUGAUGACUGUCCACCUGAAGGAUCUGAUUACUUUCAUGAACGAGAUUACUGCCAACACCCAGCUGGCGGAAGAUACCCGUACACAGGCCAUUAGCUUUUUGAUGCAGUGCGUCAAGUAUCGCAAGAUGAAAGUCCAAGGCCUCAAAGUUGGUGAACAGCUCACCCGCACUGCCCUUAACGUCGUCACUGAGCUUGACGACGACGAUGAUGAGGAUGAGAUUACUCCAGCUCGAUCUGCACUGGGUCUUCUCGAUAUGCUUGCUCAGAGCCUGCCACCAAGCCAGGUUGUUGUCCCGCUGCUGCAAGCUCUUGGCCAGUAUUUCAACAGCGAGGAUCCAGACCACCGCCGUGCCGGUAUCAUGGCUUUGGGAAUGUGUGUCGAGGGUGCUCCUGACUUUAUCAGCACACAAUUCAAUGAAAUUAUGCCCAUGGUGCUCCACCUUCUGAACGACAAAGACCCCAAGGUCCGCCAAGCAACCCUCCACGGUGUUGCCCGCCUUGCUGACGACCUGGCCGAGGAUGUCGGUAAGGAACACGCUAAACUCAUGCCGUUAUUGGUCCAGAACCUUGCUAGCGCAAUGCAAAACUACAAGGGCGAGGAAACUGGACCUACAGUCAACAUCAUGAAGGCUGCCGUCAGCGCAAUUGCCGCUGUUGUCGAGGGUCUUGAAUCCAAGGAUGUCGUUCCCUACCAAGAUGAGCUUGUACCUUUCUUGCACAAGCUCUUUAACCACCCUGAUUUCAAGAUCAAGGGCUUGACUGCCAAUGCCAUUGGCUCGCUCGCCUCUUCUGCCGGCGAGGCGUUCCUCCCGUAUUUUGAGAAGUCGAUGCACCUUAUGCAGGAAUACGUUACCAAGAAGGAAAACGAGGAGGAGCUCGACCUUCGUGCUAGCAUCAUUGAUGCCAUGGGUCAAAUGUCCGCUGCUGCUGGACCUCAAAACUAUCAGCCUUACGUUGAGCCGCUUAUGCGCGCUAGUGAGGAGGCUUUGCACCUCGACCACUCUCGUCUUAAGGAGAGCACUUAUAUGCUCUGGGGAUCCAUUUCCAAAGUCUAUGGAGAGGACUUCAAGCCAUUCCUUGAAGGUGUCUUCAAGGGCCUGAGCGCUUGCAUUGAACAGGAAGAAGCCGAUCUUGAGGUUGAGCUCGGUGAAGCCGCCAAGGAUCUCGUUGGCCAGGAGGUUACAAUCGGUGGCCGCAAGAUCAAGGUUGCUGAAGUCUCAGAUGACGAGGAUGGUGAUAUUGAGGAUAUUGACAUUGAUGAGGAGGACGACUGGGAAGACUUCACCACCGUUACCCCACUAGCUCUUGAGAAGGAAAUCGCCGUCGAGGUCAUUGGCGACCUGAUCAGCCACACCAAGGGCGCCUAUCUCCCAUACUUUGAGAAGACCAUUGAGUUGGUCUUGCCUCUUACUGAGCAUCCGUACGAGGGCGUCCGCAAGAGCACUAUCAGCACUCUUCACCGUGCCUAUGCUACUCUUUUCGCCUUGGCUGAAGAUAAUGGUCAGAUGCCUAAGUGGGAGGCUGGCCUUCCUGUGAAGGUGCAGCCCCCUGCUGAAGUCAAGAAAUUUGGCGAGAUUUUGAUGACCGCCACUAUCAAGAUGUGGGGUGAGGAAGCUGAUCCGGCUACCGUUGGCGAUCUUUGCAGCAACCUUGCUGACAACCUGCGCUACACUGGCCCAGCUCUCAUUGCUAAUGAGACUGUGCUCACCAGCGUUGUUCAACAAGUGACUGAUCUCAUCAACAAGAAGCACACCUGCCAGCAGGACUUUGGCGAGGACGAGGAACUCCAAGAAGUUAUGGACGAGACAUCUGAGUUUGACUGGAUUGUAAUCGACCGCGCUCUUGACAUCGUUUCUGGCCUUGCCGCUGCUCUGGGUCCAGAUUUCCCAGAACUAUGGAAGAUCUUCGAGAAGAGCGUCUUUCGGUUCAUCAGCAGCUCGGAGAACAUUGAGCGUGCUACCGCCGUCGGGGUUCUUGCCGAAGUGAUCACCGGCAUGAAGGACACUGUUACCCCUUUGACUGGUCGUUUCUUGCCUCUUCUUCUCAAGCGCCUCGCCGACGAGGACCCCCAGACAAAAUCCAAUGCUGCCUACGCAACUGGCCGUCUCAUCGAGGCCACCAACGACGCAUCUAUUGUUUCGCAAUUUCCCACAAUUUUGCAGAAGCUUGAGCCAUGCCUCCAACAAGAGGUCUCCCGUCUUCCCGAUAAUGCCACCGGUUGCUUGUCUCGCAUGAUCUUGAAGCAGCAUGACAAGGUGCCAAUUUCCGACGUGCUUCCUGCUAUUGUUAACAUAUUGCCAUUAAAGAACGACUACGAGGAAAACGAGCCUCUGUAUAAGAUGAUCGCUCAGCUGUAUAAAUGGGAAAACCCAACCGUCCGCCAGCUUACACCCCAGCUCUUGCCCAUCUUCCAAUCCGUCCUCUCUGAGGAGGACCAACUUGAGGAUGAGCGACGACAGGAGCUGCUUGAGCUGGUCCAAUGGCUCAACAAGUAAACGUCUCUUCCUACGUUAUAUCCCAUGUAUAGACCGGGAACAAGCGAGGAAUGGACACAAUGAGAUUAAUGAGGAUUAGACAUAAUGAUGGGAAGGAGAAGAACAUAAAAGUGAUACCCCCGGGAUUAUUGACGACGAGCGAGAUGACUAUGCAAAACAAACGAAAAAUUAUGAAAAUAACCAUGCAGGAUGAUUUGACUGACAGACUUGAAUGACUCAAGAGUCUUUGGAGGAUGUAUUAAUGUUAUGAGCAUACUAUGCUAGAUUUUGUUUCAUUUGUUACGUAUGCUACCUUUGGCUUAGUAUACAGAAAUUCUUUUGCCAAUAUUUUAUUCACUAGUAUUGAGUAGAGACUUUGAAUACAUGUUCAAACCUAUCCGAAAAC